CCCCCCCCCCCCCUCCUCGGCCGUUCUGGUCCUGGGAAAGCACGCAGUGAGUGCCGACACAUACGACCUGUCUUGCCAAGGCCCAGAGUUGUCAAUCGGAGCAACAGUGACAAUUAACCGGGGCGCGUCUUCGUCGUUCUCAGAGCCCUUUUUGGCACGUCUCGCCCACUCAUCACUCUCCCGCCUCCUCCCGACAUCCCGUUUGGGCCACGCGUGCUUUGGUGUUUUAUUUCCACACCCAUCGAUUUUCCCAUCCAGUUUGCCUCCGGCAUCCUUUGGCGCAUUCCAGACAGUUCCUUCCUUGCGCAGCGAGUCAGCGGGCGAACGAACGGCCCAUCCCAUUCAUCCCAUCCGUCCGUCACCAGCAAGCCCCGUCGCCGGCGCGAAUCAACGCAACCCAAACAAGCAGCAGCCAAGACAAAGGCCCGAAAGUCAAGGAGAGGGAGGGAGACGAGCCGCCUCGUCCGUGGCCCCGACAGAGACGGGAAAGUACAUGGCAUUCCCGUCCAAUAUGGUAGUCCGGUUGCCGCGCCGAAAUCGAGCCCCCACGAGUUGAGCAAUCCCACGUCCUGGCAUGCCGAAUAGGUCGAGCCUUCAUUCCUCCCAAUUUUGCAAUCACCAUCGACCAUGGACAGGUUAGCGACCGCCGCCGCUGGCAGUGGCGACGCGGACGCCAGCCGACAGCCUCCGUCAGGCUCCACCGCCUUCAAUCCCGCGCGCCCAACCGCUGCGUCGGCUGCGCGCGAGGCAUCCACAACCAUCCCUUCAAAGUCGAUGGUCCACUCUUCCGCCACGUCCUCGGCUGCCAGCUCACCCUUUGCUUCAAGGGAGCCGUCUCCGAGCAGGCCUCUGAGGGCAUCCAUCGCCGCCACCAGAAACUUCUCCUCUGGCCCCGGCAGCAGAUCACGCAAAAACAGUUCGCAGGACCUCAGCCCUUCGCGCCCGGCCGCAAAGACCGCUGCUACCUCACCGAUUCCGCCUCCCUUGACUCUACACCAGCCGGGGACCAUUGCCGUCUCGUCGACCCCCACUCUCCCGCCUUCGAUAGAUCCCAGCAUCAAGACUCCUCUCCCGCAGAAGUCGGCAUCCACCGCCCUCCUCGAUUCUCAACGCGACGCACCGCGGUGGCCCAUCUCACCAAGACUCCGAUCGCCUCCGCCGGUCCUCAACAAGCCAAAUCCUGGCCUGCCCCGAAAGGGGUCAGAUCAAGAUCUCCCCAGCAUUAAUUUCCAGCGACCAACCCCGCCUGUGGCGUUUGAUUCCGGGGUGUCGGACAACGAGGUGGACGAUAGCAACUUGCAACCUGGCAUGCGGACGCCCGCUCGCGGCAGCACAUCAACCCUUGAGACCGUCCAGGAAGUCAGCCCGCUAGGCUCGCCGACCCCCGAAGGGAUCGAUGCCGCGUUGGAGAAACUGGCGGGAGAGAGACUCGUAUCAGAUUUAGCCUCCCAACCAGACGUAGCGGAAAUAUCAAUCACCAAGGCGAUGAAGGCCCGGGCAAUCAUGGCACAGAACGAGAGCGGGAGCGAAGCCGGUAGCAUCAAGGCAGAACGCCGGCCGGCCAUGACCUCAGCACCAUCGGGCCUCGGUCUCAGGCAGCCUAGCUCGUCAACUCUCGCCAAGACGGGUCCUUCCGGAGCGAAUAAGACCCCCAAGCCCAGCGAGGGCACGGUCAAGACGAUGACGGUCGAGACGGAGACGGUGGCGUCUAUUCCACAGGUUUCGGUAGCGCCUGCGGGUAUGCAGGGCUCCAACGGGAGCCUCAGGACCAAGCCCAGCUCGGAGACGAUUCGACCCAGGAAGGAGAAGAGGAAACCGAGCAGGAAACAGCAGAUGGUCCAGUCCGGUGCCGCAUCCUCAAAAGCUGACAACUUCGAGGCUAAAAUCGCCAGCGCGGUGGACGAGGCCGACACCUCGGACUCGGACGAGACGUUUGUGUACGAUUCUAACCCACCAGAUGCCCGCGAUCGGCCGCACAAUCGCUUCCAUUCACGAACGCCGAGCGCCACGUCGAUGGCUAGCCAGGUCGACCGGAACGGCAUGCGAUCUAUACACGGUGUUAUGGAUGUUGGAUAUGGUCACCCUCUCCCCCCUGCCCCCGGCAGCGCUGUGGCGGCGAAGAAGAAGAAAUUUUCCAACACGUACAAUCCCGGCCUCGCGGCGGAAAACCUGGGUCUCCUUAUCGAUGAGGACGGUGGCUCUGCUAGAGGGAGCGCAUCCGGAUCAGGUCGUGGCGCAAUGGUAGCACGUCACCCCCACCAUAUCGGGCUCUGGGGCCGACCCGGUAACGGACACACAUAUCUCUUCGAUAACGACAGCUCUCCCUUCCUCGGGCCUCAGAGGCCGAGAAUCUCGACUGCUGGCGGCAGCGCAAGGGACUCGCCGGCGCCGCCAAGCCCCCGUUUCGGGGGGUCCGUCUCAUCAGCACGCGGGGCGGGCGGCGGGAAGCGGGGGCCGCACCUCACCCCCGCCGUGGGAUACGACCUAGAUGACACAACAACCGAGGCCGACAACGAGCGGACCCCGCUGAUCCAUACGAUGCGCUCGCCCCGGACCCGCCGAGGAGGAAGUAGAUAUAACCACUCGCUCAUAGCUGAUCACCAGCAACGUGCGGCAGUCGCUGCAUACCGGCAGCAUCAGCGACGCCACCAGCCAUCAUUGCUGAACCGCAUGGCCAGCUGCCUUGUGUUGACAGUGAUGCUACUGCUGGUGGUGUCAGGCGCCAUCGGGUUUAUGUUUGCGACUUCGCAGCCAUUGACGGGAAUGGAGCUCGUCAAGAUCACCAAUGUCAUCGCCAGCGAACAGGAGCUGAUGUUUGACAUGAGCGUCAAGGCUCAGAACCCCAACGUUGUGCUGGUUGUUGUGGACUCGUCCGAUCUCGAGAUCUUUGCCAAAUCGCCAUAUACGGGGACCGAUUCGUGGCGACCAAACACUAGGUCACGAGGGGCCUUGCCCCGUGGACCCCUGUCUUUUAUUGCAAGGAGGGCGGGCAGGAUAACUGCCAGUGACGACGAAACCGGGCAUCACGUCUCGCCAGCUGCCAGGACCGGUCCGCCAGACGAUCCGGAUGACGAUCCGCCCCCGGACGACAUGGGCCCGCUCUGGAGGCUUGGCACGGUCCGUGAGCUGGACCAGCCGCUGCAGUUUGAGGGCUCCUUUUUCAACAAGGGCGCCUCGACUACAACUGGAGGCCUUAGGCUCGAGAAGCCUGGAAACAGCACCGAGCCGGGUGGGACACAGCGGUGGGCACGUGUUAUCGAGGACGAGUUCGAUUUGGUCGUCAAGGGCGUCCUCAAGUACUCUCUGCCCCUUAGUCAGCGUGUCCGCACUAUAGCCAUCUCCGGCAAGACGCGCGUCAAGCCCAACUCGGCCAGCGACCCUGGGGCGGUUGCUCCUGGGACGCCCGAGUCCCUCGCGAUUCCUGCCAAAACCUAGGUUGAUGGAUGGCAGUGGCUGCUGCCCAGCGAGAGAUGUCGAGCCCACUCCAUCAAUCACCCAUGAACCACUUUUCUCAUUUCUGCAGUCCAUCAUCGUCUCACCGCACGUGUUGGAGGCGAUGAUUUUCCUCUAUGAUUCCGAUUCCCAGGGCGGGGGUUAGGCGUUUAUUCUCAUCAUUAUCGGGUCAUAUGACUACCAAGCAUUCCAGCCCACAAACAAGGUCGCGACGAUGGAUCCGGUCAGGGAGCACUGCGCCAAAGCACAUGCGACGAACAAAACCUCUGGGUAUCAGCAUCUUUUAUCACUUUAUCAUCACGGUCAUCAGCGAAAGGAGUUUAUACUGCGCGUGCUCUCGACAGACAUUUCACGUAACGAAACGACCAGAUCCACCUUGCCAAAGAAAUCCUUUCUUCACUUCCCGACUUUCAUUAAGAUCUCUCUUUUUUUUCCCCGUCCAGCUCGUUGCUCUCCUUCUGAUUCCCCGUCUUUUACUGUCACCAUCUCUGUGUUUCCUCGCCUCCAGCCACAUUUAUAGACAACACUCACCACCGAGCAAAGAACCAACGAUUUGUGUCACUACCCCCCACCCAUCGGACCCAACACAGGCGAUAUCAGCCGCAUAUAUCAUUUCCUUUUUCUUCUGAUUUGCCUUCCGCGGCCCUUAGGACGAUGCCCUUUGAAGCGCCGCCUGUGGCUUUACUGUAUUUCCAGCACUUGCUUGCUCCUCGCUCUUGCUGCAUUUGGAUGGACGGGGCCAACUCGCGUGGAUGGAUUCAAAAUGGAGGGCUCGACGAGAGCGGGAGGAUUGGUGCAGCCGGGAGAAAGACGCGGAGAAGGAAGAUAAGGAAGACAAAAAGAACAAAAAGUGAAACAAGAACAGGGCGUGGACAGCGAGAUCUACCCAUUAAGAUUUACCUCAACUCAAUCUGCCCCAUCAUUUGCUCGGCUGCUCAAUCGGCACCAGAGAUGUGUUGGGUGUGAUAGAUUUUAAUGACAAGCAAAAGCUAUCAACCGGUCGGAAUGAAGUCGCUCUUAUCAAGAUAGCAGUCUAUAAACGCUCUGGAAAACCUCGUGAAAUGAGGGCUGAAAAGAUUAGGAUCCACGCGCCCCUC